UCAGYUCUCGGUCACAUGCGGGAUCAGCUGAUAUCGCCAGCUUCUCCUUUUGAUGCUCUUCCUCCUCUAGUGUCAGACGCCGUUUGGAAAAUCAGAAUUAAAUUGUUCUCUUUGCUUUUUUUGCGUCGGCUUUUAAAUUAGAGCCAAGAUUAAGUUGCUGCUUCUGCAGUUUAGACGGUCAGAUAGAUGCUGUUAGAGUGGAUGAUGAACGGACACGCCAUUCUUUACACGGGGGUCACUUUGGCCUUCUGGAGUACAAUACUAAUCGUUGGUAUAUGUUAUACCAUAUUUGACCUUGGAUUCCGCUUUGAUGUGGCAUGGUUCCUGACUGAGACGUCUCCUUUUAUGUGGGCCAAUCUGGGCAUCGGUUUGGCCAUCUCUCUGUCUGUGGUGGGAGCAGCUUGGGGGAUCUACAUCACUGGUUCAAGCAUCAUUGGUGGAGGAGUCAAGGCUCCAAGAAUCAAAACCAAAAAUUUGGUCAGCAUUAUCUUCUGUGAAGCUGUUGCCAUUUAUGGGAUCAUCAUGGCAAUUGUUAUCAGCAACAUGGCUGAGAAUUUCAGUGGCACAACCCCUGAGACCAUCGGAGCACAAAAUUACCAAGCUGGUUACUCCAUGUUCGGAGCUGGCCUCACUGUGGGCUUUUCCAACCUUUUCUGUGGGAUCUGUGUGGGCAUCGUGGGCAGCGGAGCAGCUUUGGCAGACGCCCAGAACGCCAGCCUCUUUGUGAAGAUUCUUAUUGUGGAAAUUUUUGGCAGCGCAAUUGGCCUGUUUGGUGUCAUCGUAGCAAUUCUGCAGACCUCUAAAGUAAAGAUGGGUAAUUAGAAGAUGCGCUCACAUCCUGAGAAGACGAGGAAACUCCUGAAAAAUAAGAUAGAUUAUUGUGUACAUACAUCGUAAAUUAUUUAAAUGUCUAUAUUCGCUCUGUAUUGUUUUUAACCAUCAUUCGUGUAAGAGUGGGAUGAUCGUUGGGAAGCAUGACUGUUGGAUAAGAAACUGAAAAAGGGGAACAAUGUUGAUUUUCUUCUACAUUUUUCAUUUCCACUUCUGUACUCACUGGGUGAUACUAACAAUUAAACUUCCUGAGUYAUGGAAGCAAUCUGUAGCCUUCAGCUGUGAGGUUUUGGUUUUUCAAGAGGUUUUCUUGAAUAAUCUUGCACACCACUCUUAUUUGAACGAUGGUUAAAAAUUACUCUGGAGUAUUGAAAAUGCUGUGUGUGUGUGUGUGUGUGUGCGUGUGUGUGUGUGUAUGCUGGACAUGUGAUUUUUACUUUAUGUUCUUUCUUCCUGUGAAGCAUGAGGAUGUUUGUCAUUGUGUUUGUGGCCUGGUCUGCCUCUUUCUUUGUUUUUGUAUCCGGUCUUUUCAAUUUAGAAGUUGGGUCAUUCUACAGGUUUUUCCUGCCUUUGAAUAGUUAUUGAACAUUUAUUAGGAUUAAAUUGAAAGUAUUGUUCUAAAGUUGUAAUUGUGCAACAUAUGAAUCACAGCAGCAAUUCUCUAUGUACCUGGGGAUUUUUUUCUCUCUUCAGUCCUUGCUCUUGUUAGGCCCGUCUAAUGAUUACAAGCCAACUGAGCAUAAAUGUUGCAAAAAACUAAAAGAAAUCAUUUGAGUCACUUUGUUCAAAAUGUAUCAUCAACGUUAUGAUUGGAUUCAAGUUUUUCUUGAAUCCAUUAUUGUCUGCUGUAACUAAGUAGCAGGAAYGUGUUCAGUAAGCAAUUGGUUUCACCAAGAAUUUGAAUCUGUUUGUCUGAUACGUCGGGCUGUGAAAUGUAACACUUCAGACACUUUUUCUUAGCAUGUUUCCGUCCUCAUUUGAAUGGUAAUAUUUGACUACUUUGCUGCAGUCGGCUAAAUCUGCAUUUACUGCUCUUUGCUUACCAGGCUAUUACUAACAUUCCUUAAGAUGUGUGAAACUGAUGGAUGCACAUGUUUAGAAAACGAAGUAAAAACGAUGUUAGGCCCCUGGAUACGUCACAACGUAUAGCGUUUAUUAACGCUUUGACUUCUCCAUUUAUGUUAAUAAAUCUGGGUAGUUUGUAGCCUUUCAGGGAUUUUUAAUUUAGUGUGCAGUCGCAUGAAAAAGGAAAAAAAUAAAUAAAAUCCACAGAUUACAGAUCAGUUCAUUUCUCACCGUAUGAAGUCAUUCAUUAUUCCACUCACUUUGUGAGUGCAAGCAUUGAAUCAUACAUAAGAAAGGCAUAGUUAGGAAAAUAAAAAGUUCGGCCUAAUUGCCAUGCUUGAAAGAAUAUUUUUCWUUUAAAAACAAGGACUGUAAUGACCCGGGUUUUUAGUAACUGUAAACGGUACUGUGUAUGCACUGUGAUGAUGUGAUGGUGAUCAGAAAAAUAGCUAAUCGUUUUUGACAUUGUGGAUGAUCCAAUCAAAAUCAAAUUUUCCUUCUGGCUUCAUAAAUGUUGGAGAAAAUAAAUAAAUAAAUGGUUUGAUCAA